UGUACCACGGGCCGUAUGACUGAUGCAACAAGACCAUCGUUCUGAUCUAUUCAUUCUGUGUUCUCGCGUACAACCGAAGGGUGACAAACAAGUACGCUGCUGCCGAGGAACGUGAGAGGACCGAGCAGGCCACCGAAAUGCAGAGGAUCUUGGCCGAGACAACCGAGAUUCCGUUCGGUGCCAGGGCGCUAGAAAAGGGCAUCCAAGUCGAAGGCAUUUGGACUCCCAAGGAGUAUUCACCGAGGCAGUCCAUCGUUAUGCCGGGAGAUACGCCAGAACUCCCCAGUCCCGCACAGAGUCAGCCAUCGCUUGUCCCACCAAGUGGCGUCCAGCGGCCAAGCCGAUCAUAUCAAUUGGCGCCAAACCAUAACCUGCUCAACCCACGCCUUUCCAUGAAGAUCCCAGACAUCGAGCUCGGGGCCGAGGCAAUGCGUGUGUUCUCCACACACAGCGCACCGCAGCCAACAAUCCGUGCCAACAGUGAAACCGAGACGCCCGUUGACCCAGGGAAAAAGAGACGGUCGAGGGGUUGGUUCAAUCCUCGGAAUUCCUGGGUAAGAAAGCCGUUCGAGAGCUAUAAGCGCAUGUCAAAACUUGAAGGGCAUCAUCGAACCUCAUCCGAAAGCUUUCGACGUAGGAUCAGCAAGCUGAUCGACGAGAGCAUUCAGACAGGCUCGACUGAGACAUACCAGUUGAGACCCAUCAACCAGGGGACCAUAGAUAGCCCUAGGAAUUAGUGACUGGACAAAUGCUACACUGCAAUGCGUCCGAAGCAUGGAGCAGGCUAGUCUGUCUUCAUGAUGCCUUUGUCACAUGUCACCAUCAGCAAUCAUUGUAUUUGGGGGUAGUUCAUGAGAGCUUUUCGAUUCAUAAAGCCCGCGAGGCUCUAGGUCUCAGGCGAAGCGCUGGUGAGACAUUGGGAGAUAAAGCUUAUUAUAAUAUGGCAUCCAGCAAUCCGUC